AUCAUAAAUAUCGAAUUAAUAACAAAACCAAACUCAUCAUAGACAAAUUAUUUUAUCAAUUUUAAGAAAAAAUUAGUAAAAAACAGUAUUUCUUACGUCAUCUCUCUGUUCGUGUCUAAAGAAAAGAAGAAAAUGAGAAACAGAAAGAGAAUUAAAAAAAAGGGGCGGGGGGCAAUAUCUUCUUUAGUUCUGGCGUUCUGUAAAUUUGAAAUUUGAAAACCCUAGCUCCAUCAUUUUCCCAUAUAUUAUUUAUGUGUAGAUUAGCGCCUGUAAUUAAGACAUAUUUGAAGAGAGUUUUUAGAUAAAAGAAGAAAAGAAAAAGGGAGUUUUUGAUAGAGAGGAAAAAGAAAAAAAGGAGAUGCGUUCAAAGAAGAUGGAAGGACCAUCAGCCUCGACUAUGCGUCGAGACCCUUAUGAAGUUUUGUGCGUUUCAAGGGAUUCCACUGAUCAGGAGAUCAAAACCGCUUAUAGAAAGCUAGCUCUCAAGUAUCAUCCUGACAAGAAUGGCAGUAACCCUGAGGCUUCAGAGCUUUUUAAGGAAGUAGCAUAUUCUUAUAGCAUUUUAUCUGACCCAGAAAAGCGAAGACAAUAUGACAGUGCAGGGUUUGAGGCUAUUGAAGAUUCAAUGGAUAUGGAGAUUGAUUUGUCCAAUCUUGGAACUGUUAAUACAAUGUUUGCAGCGUUAUUCAGCAAGCUUGGUGUCCCCAUCAAGACUACAAUCUCAGCUAAUGUUCUUGAAGAAGCUCUAAAUGGAACUGUCACAGUUAGACCCCUUCCUAUUGGAACAUCAGUUAGUGGAAAGGUGGACAAGCAAUGUGCCCAUUUCUUUGGUGUAACAAUCAGUGACGAACAAGCUGAGUCUGGGAUUGUUGUGAGGGUAACUUCAACAUCACAAAGCAAAUUCAAGUUACUAUAUUUUGAACAAGAUGUCAAUGGUGGCUACGGUUUGGCCCUACAGGAAGACAGCGAGAAGACAGGGAAGGUGACAUCUGCUGGCAUGUAUUUCUUACAUUUUCAAGUAUACAGAAUGGAUUCCACUGUAAAUGCGUUAGCAAUAGCUAAAGACCCUGAAUCUGCUUUCUUUAAAAGGUUGGAAGGUCUUCAACCUUGUGAGGUUUCAGAACUAAAAGCUGGCACUCAUAUAUUUGCUGUUUAUGGAGAUAAUUUUUUCAAGACUGCUACUUACACAAUUGAGGCACUUUGUGCAAAGUCAUAUGAGGAUACCUCUGAGAAGCUCAAGGGUGUUGAAGCUCAGAUUUUAAGAAAGAGAAAUGAGUUGCGUCAAUUUGAAGCGGAAUACAGACAAGCAUUGGCACACUUUCAAGAAGUGACCAACCGGUACAGCCAAGAAAAGCAAUCUGUAGACGAGCUGCUGAAACAGCGUGAUAGUAUCCAUGCUUCAUUUACUGUAACAAGAGCACUGAACAGUCUUGGUGUUAAUUUAAGUAACGGAAGUGGUAGCAAAGUUCCCGGUGAGACUGAGAGUCCAUAUGAAGAUGGAAACUCAGAUGGGAAGGAUAAGUCAGGCAAAAAGAAAUGGUUCAAUUUGAAUAUGAGGGGAUCUGAUAAAAAGCUUGGUUGAAAUUCUAUCUAAAUAGGUUCUUGUUUUUACAUGGGAGGUUUGAAAUUUUUGCCAGCAGUCUGCUGCCUGCUAAAGCUUGUCUUUGUAUUAUUUGUUCAAUUCUUUUGCUGUCUUUGGCUGUCCACCAAGGCUUUUCAGUAUGUCAUGUUAAAGUAUGAUGUAGGGGUGGUAACGGUUUAAUUAAGUUUUUUGGGUUUUUUUUUUUUUUUUAGCCCUAGCAUGAUGAUAUGGACUUAAGGUUUUUGUAUGCUUAUAUUUGGUGAAGUGAGAUGUCCCAUCUACUAGUCCAUUUGUAGUUCUCACAGUGUAAUAACAAAUUCUUUUGUCUUA